GCCCAGUCUCUGUGAUCGUUGGCUUCUCCGCAUCUCCCAGCCGGAUGUGGCUGCCCCAGAUUGUCCCUGCUGCGCCCUGAUCUUGUCCCAUCCUCAACCUUUCCAAAGCUCGCAGCAGUUCGUGAACCCCACGAUCGAGACCUGCCGCCCUGCCCACAAGCACCCAUCCGUACGUACCGCUCGCUUCAGUAGUAUAAGUGUCAGGCCUGCUCCGCCUCUCAACUCUUCUUCCAGAACGGGCAAAAGAAAAUAUCUCCAAAGCUCGGUCAGGUACAGUCAGUCCUGGCCCUUGAGCAUGUCCACCAAGAUGCCGGACUUCAUCACCAUCCAUGAGAACUCGCCACAGCGGCGUGCUGUCAACACGCCCAGUGCUAACAGGCCCCCUGUUCCGCCGCCGCCUGCUCCUGGAGGCUAUAUUCCCUCGGCGGGAGCGCCGCGUAUUGUCAACGCUAGUCCCCGGCAACCCAGCGGGCAACAAUACCAGAUGAGGCCGGCAGCGGCAGGGGCAGCGGCAUUACCGCCAGCACACUUACAGUUACACCCACACCAGCCUCAGUAUCCCAGCCACCCUAACACUUCGGUCAAAAUCUCCGACCUCCGCCAGGAGCGGCCGCCGACACUUGAAGAAGCACGAGAAAUGCUCUCCGAGUACUAUGUGUAUCGCUUCGCAAAGGCCGAGGACGGCGGCGGAUACGGCAGCGACGGCGAGCUGCGGAAGCCGUCCUGGAAGAGGGUGACCCAGGUCAGAGUGCCGGGUAUCUCCAAGCUGGAGGCGGCACGGACGGUCCGUGAGUUGAAUCGGGACACGCUGCCUGUGGCAAAGAAGAGGGCUUCCCUGAGCGAUGAUGAGCAGCGGCAGAUCGAACUCGUCUUGGAGGAUCUCCAAAGAGGGGACAACGCUUGGUUUCAAACCACCUUGGUCCAGUUGGAUGAUCAGCUGAGAGUUGUCAAGGAGAAGGACAGAGAUAAGGAUAGGGGAAGGGCAUAUGAAAAGGAGAAGGGCAGGGAUCGGCGAAGCUCGAAGCAUCGCCAGGAGUACCAUAUUGUCCUCGGUGGAAGAAAAAUGGUUUCUAGACGGCCCGCUUCCAGGGCGAGAGAAACGAAGAGACCGCCUGCCACGGAGCGCGUCACCCUUACCGCCUACUACAAGAGGUCUCCCAGGCCUGAAGUCGAUCCCAUUCCCCUCUGGCAAAGAGCCCAGCAGAGAGUGAUGCAGCCGGUAAUGGCUCAGCAGACAGCUCGGCCUAUGGACGGUCAGUAUCCUCAACCUCAGGCCCCGAUCAACCAAAACUUCCCCCGGCAGCCCAUGGCUCUCGCAGCAGGAGGUUGUAAAGUAGAGCGGCGUCCAAGCGUGGGAAACCACGCCCGAGCCGAUGGCGAGCCUGCCGUGACCAUCGUCCAACCCGCUGCUCAGCAGUCGAACGGAGCGGACAGGCGAAACCGGUCGCCGCACAGAAGAGCACCGUCUCCCCAUCCUCGCCACCAGGGCCCGCCGAGCACUGCGACAGAUUCAUCCAGCGUUUCCGACGUUUUCUCCAUCCUAGACGACGAGUCUUUCACUUCGCCCUCGACCAACUCGUACGACUCCAGCCCGCAUGCAUCCUUUGUGCGCCUCUCGCCGAGACGUGCCCACGGCGCCGGGCCGCAAGUUCCAGAGAGACAAGUCCACUACGGCGUCUCGCCCGGCUCCUCCCCGCCACACCACCACCACCACCCGGGCGGCAGCGGCGGCAUCGACAUCCAGCCGCACCGCACCAACCUGCACCGCCGCCCUGGCACCACCCGCGGUCGCCGGCACUCCAUGUCCAGUCACUACCCAUCCUACCUGCCAACGCACCAGGCCCCAUCACCAACCCAAGCCAGGUACUUCCCGCCCACCGGCCCCGGAAACAUGCCCGGAAUGGUCGCGACCGCGCCGCAGGCACCCAUGCCCCCUUCCCCCACCACGGGGCUCCCGGACCCGGUCACGGCACAGCAGAUCGCCGAGAACGCCUACGCCAAGGGCCGCGCCGACACCCGCGAGGAAGCCAUCAACCUGGCCGAGCGCAUCGCAGGGGUGGCGGCGGCGACAGCGACGGCGGCCGCGGCUGCCACAACCACCAACACCAACACCAACGGUGAGCGUGAGGUGUCGUCACCGCCGCCGCGGCGACCGCAGGUCAUCUCGCUGCCGUACCGGGGCCGGGAUAGAGAUAGAGACAGGGAUAGGGUGCGCAUCGUCCCUGGCGUGGGCGUGGCGGCCAGAGAUCGGUAUGCUCAUCCUCAUUACAAGCACCACCCCCGUCAGGAUGUGGAAGUGGAUAGCGGGGAUCUCGAUGUCGGGUAUGACGACUAUGACUAUGAGUAUGACCUGGAUUUCAGGGCGCACGCCGACGACGAUGGCGACGACGAGGAGUUGUUGUUUGAAGAGCGUGGUCCGCACGGGUAUGUCCGUGUUCCCCCCGCCGCCGGGCGAUGGGACAGGGAUAGGGACAGGGGAAGGGAAUACCGCGUGGUAGAGGAGAGGCUGCGGAGAGGAGGGGGAGAAGAUGAGCGGCGCGUCGCCGCGAGGGAACGGGACGAGUAUCUCAGCAGGAGGAGGGAUUCCGGGAUUGAUGUGGGCGGCGCGGCGGCAUUUGGGGGCGACUCGAACCCGUUUGUGUCGCGGCCCGGGCUAGGAAGGCGCAUGAGUGCCGGGCCCGGGUACAGCUCGGGGUAUAAGGGCAGAUUGUAUGACUGAUAUGAUUAAUGAAUUACUUGUGAUGUUGUGAUUUGAAUCUCAUUCUAAUGUCGGUUUCUGGCCGCGAAAAUCGGGACGGCUACAUUUGUUUUGAUAUACGUUAACCAUUUUGAGGACUAUGCGAUUGUCUCUGGUCCGAGCAGAUUGCAUAAUUCUUCGGGUACCUUAGGCAAUUCAUAUCGUUGGAACACCGAUUCAUAGUCUUUCAUCCUCACAAUGACGGGUUCGAGAUUCUGCUUCUGAUGUAGCAAUACCUGAUUCUUUCACAGGGACAGAGUCACAGAGAUGGGUUUGCUCACGUUAAUUGAUAUCUCACCUUUCCUUUUCGGGUAGCAAUCACAUUGAAAUAAACAAAUAUACACAAAUACCUCCGUCUGAGCCUU